GAAUGAAGUCUCACGCAGGAACACACCGGCCAUUUUUCUUUACAGCACAGCUUCUUUGGAGUGUCAACGAGCGUGUUGAGAUCACUUUGAUAAGCCUACAAGUUUGGACAAGUGUCAUUCAGAUUAUCCACGCACCCAAAGUCUAAACAACAGGUCCAAAAUCAUGCUGGUGUUGUCGUCUGCAAAGUUUUUUCGCUGACAUCCUUGUCCGGGUAGAGGCUUGUCUAAAGUGUCGCACAAAUGGAAAUGGUGCCUAGCGAGGAGAACCAGUUCGUAUCCAAAGAGAUCCAAAAGGCGGCAGAGGAGCCUAGAGUGCUGUGUAUAAUCCAGGACAUCACCAGUGCAAAGACGGUCAAUGAGAGGUUAACCUUCAACCUGCCUGCAUCCACGGCUCUCUCCAAACUUUAUGAAGAUGUUGCCCUCAAAGCAGGAUAUGUGAACGGUUCCUUUGACCUUGCCUGGGGAAACACACCAGAGAUGGCUCCUCUGGACCACAGCGGGGAAAUGUCGCUCUUGGAUUGUGGUUUUGAGCCUGGUGGUAAGAGGAAUUUUCUCCAGCUUACAGACAAAGAUGGAGAGCAACCUCAAGUAGCAUCGGAGGAUGCAGCAACUGUAGAUAGCAGUGGACUGGAUGACAGCUCCCAAGAGCGCUUCAUCGGACCCCUGACCAGAGAUGGCACUGUGGGCUGCAGUGGUGACUGCAGCGGCCCCUCUUACUCUUACACAUCCAUCCUUAACAAAUCUGAGACAGGUUAUGUGGGUUUGGUUAACCAAGCAAUGACCUGUUAUUUGAACAGUCUGUUGCAAACUCUGUUCAUGACCCCAGAGUUCAGAAAUGCACUGUACAACUGGGAGUUUGAGGAGUCGGAAGAGGACCCGAUCACGAGCAUUCCCUACCAGCUGCAAAGACUGUUUGUUCUUCUUCAGACCAGUAAGAAACGUGCCAUUGAGACCACUGAUGUGACGCGGAGCUUUGGCUGGGACAGCAGUGAGGCUUGGCAACAACAUGAUGUGCAAGAACUUUGCAGGGUCAUGUUUGAUGCUCUGGAGCAAAAGUGGAAGCAGACAGAACAGGCUGACCUGAUCAACCAGCUGUACCAGGGUAAACUCAAGGACUAUGUCCGUUGUCUGGAGUGUGGCUACGAGAGUUGGCGAAUUGAUACCUACUUGGACAUCCCUCUUGUAAUAAGACCCUUCGGGGCCAGCCAAGCCUAUGGAAGUGUGGAGGAGGCUUUGCAGGCAUUUAUACAACCAGAAACUCUAGAUGGGCCCAAUCAGUACUUCUGCGAACGCUGCAAAAAGAAAUGUGAUGCCCGGAAGGGUUUGAGGUUUUUGCAUUUCCCUUACCUGCUGACGCUGCAGCUGAAGCGAUUUGAUUUUGACUACACCACUAUGCAUCGCAUCAAGCUCAAUGAUCGCAUGACUUUCCCUGAGGAACUUGACAUGAGUCCAUUCAUUGAUGUGGAAGAUGAGAAGUCCCCUCAGACAGAAAGCUGCACUGACAGUGGAGCAGAGAAUGAAGGCAGUUGCCACAGCGACCAGAUGAGCAAUGAUUUCUCCACUGAUGACUGUGUUGAUGAGGGCAUUUGCCUGGACAGCACUGUCAGUGCAGAGAGGGUCCUUAAGCCAAAGAGUUUGCCGACCUUUGAGCUGUUUUCGGUCAUGGUCCAUUCAGGAAGUGCAGCAGGUGGCCACUACUAUGCCUGUAUCAAAUCCUUCACUGAUGGCCAGUGGUACAGUUUCAAUGACCAGCAUGUUAGCAAGAUAACCCAGGAGGACAUCAGAAAGACCUAUGGCGGGUCCUCAGGGAGCAGGGGAUAUUAUUCCAGUGCCUUUGCAAGCUCUACAAAUGCUUAUAUGCUGAUUUAUAGACUUAAAGAUCCCUCAAGGAAUGCAAAGUAUUUAGCGGUGGAGGACUUUCCAGAGCAUAUAAAGAGUUUGGUCCAGAAGGAGAAGGAGUCUGAAGAACAGGAGAAGAGACAGAGAGAGAUCGAGCGCAACACUUGCAAGAUCAAGCUGUUCUGCUUGCAUCCUUCAAAGAUGAUGAUGGAGAGCAAGCUGGAAGUGCAUAAAGACAAAACUCUUACGGAAGCAACCGAAAUGGCUUACAAGCUGAUGGAGCUGGAGGGGACGGUCCCCCUGGACUGCUGUCGUUUGGUGAAGUAUGAUGAGUUUCAUGAGUACCUGGAGCGCUCCUAUGAGGGCGAGGAGGACACACCUAUGGGUCUUCUGCUGGGAGGUGUCAAGUCCUCUUACAUGUUUGACUUGCUGCUGGAGACGCGGAGACCAGAGCAAGCGUUCCUGCCUUACAAACCUGGAGAGGUCAUGGUGAAGGUUCAUGUUGUGGACCUGAGAACUGAAACCAUUGCCCCUCCAAUCAGUGUUCGAGCCUACUUGAACCAGACCAUCACUGAAUUCAAACAGCUUAUUGCACAGGCAACAGGACUAUCUGCAGAAACCAUGCGUGUGGUCCUAGAACGCUGCUAUAAUGACCUGCGGCUUCUGUAUGUUCCAAACAAAACACUGAAAGCAGAAGGGUUCUUCAGGAGUAACAAGAUUUUUGUGGAGAGCUCAGAGUCAACUGAUCAUCAAGUUGCCUUUACUGACUCGCUGCUGUGGAAGUUGUUGGAUCGCCACGGGAAUACUAUCCGACUUCUGGUCCUGCUGCCUGAGCAGGCUCCUGGUACUUUGGCCAGCAGAACUAUUUGCCAGAAAGUUGGCAGUGACUCUGAUGUGCCCUUUGAAGCAUCAAAGGGCAACAGGAAAUCUGUGGAAGCUAUCCUUGAGGAGAGCACAGAAAAGUUAAAGAACCUGUCACUGCAGCAGCAGGGCUCCAGCACCAGCGACAGCCAGAAAAGCUCUGACGCCAGUGAUUUUGAACACAUCGAAUCCCUGAACCAAGAAGCGGACUCAAACUCAACAUGCAUGGCCGCAGACAACAGAGAACUAGAGAAUCGGAUCGGGGGCGCAGCUGCAUGCAGGAGCACUAGUGCCUCAUCCGACCCUGAGAACCAUUUUCCCUGCGAGGAACGUUCAGACUCUGAGGUAAACAAUGACCGCAGCACCAGCUCAGUGGACAGUGACAUCCUGAGCUCCAGUCACAGUAGUGACACACUGUGCAAUGCAGACAGCGGCCCCAUUCAGCUGGCCAAUGGCUUGGACUCACAUAGCAUCACCAGUAGCCGGCGCUCUAAAGCCCAUGAGGGAAAGAAAGAGACCUGGGACACUGCUGAGGAAGACUCUGGGACGGACAGCGAGUAUGACGACAAUGGGAAGAACAAAGCAGAAUCCCAGUACUUCUACUUCAGAGCAGAACCUUGUUCCCAGGAUGACUCUGCCUCCACCGCACAAAAAUUUUUAGUGGUUCAUGUGGACAAGAGGAUAACAUUGGCAGCAUUCAAACAGAACCUGGAACCCUACGUGGGCGUCACCUCGACCCAGUUCAAAGUGUUUCGAGUGUACGCUAACAACCAGGAGUUUGAGAGUGUAAGGCUCAAUGAAACACUGUCAUCGUUCUCUGACGAUAACAAGAUAACCAUUCGCCUUGGGAGAGCACUAAAAAAGGGUGAAUACCGAGUGAAAGUGUAUCAACUGCUAGUAAACGAACAGGAGCCCUGCAAGUUCCUUGUUGACACGGUGUUCGCCAAAGGCAUGACUGUCAGACAGUCUAAAGAGGAGCUGCUUCCUCUCUUGAAAGAGCAGUGCAAGCUUGACCUCAGCAUUGACCGAGUACGCCUCAGGAAAAAGACAUGGAAGAAUCCAGGCACGGUAUUCCUGGAUUACCAUGUUUAUGAGGAAGAUAUCAGCAUCUCCUCCAACUGGGAAGUUUUCCUGGAAGUCCUUAAUGAACCUGAGAAGAUGAAGUCAAUGUCUCAGCUGGCAGUUCUGACGCGGCGGUGGAGCCCUGCCACAAUGAAGCUUGGUUUCUUCCAGGAAGUUAUUCUGGAAAGCAGCAAUGUUGAGGAACUCAAGGAGAAGCUCAGUGAAAUCAGCGAAAUUCCUCUCGAAAAGCUAGAGUUUGCCAAGGGUCGAGGAACAUUUCCCUGUGAUAUUUCUGUACUGGAGAUCCAUCAGGAUUUAGACUGGAACCCCAAGGUGUCGACGUUAAAUAUGUGGCCUCUGUACAUCUGUGAUGAUGGUGCUGUGGUCUUCUACAGGGACAGCACAGAGGAGCAUAUGGAGCUAUCAGAGGAUGAGCGCAAUGAACUAAUGAAGAAGGAGAGUAGCCGCCUGCUGAAGACCGGACACCGUGUCAGCUACUCGCCACGAAAAGAGAAGGCUCUUAAGAUCUACUUGGACGGGGGCCCCAUCAAGGACACGGGACAAGACUGAGUCCCAACAGCGUCUCUCUGGCUCACUGAUUUUGUGGCUGCUGUAGCACAGUGGCAGACCUGCUCAAGGGGACUCAUGGUGUGGGUGAGCUGCCCGAAACAGACUUGAACUCAAGCAGCGUUGAGGUUGGAAUGUCCUCGGCCUCCACUCUGAGCUCUGAAACCUUAUUGUGCACUGUUGGUUGUAUAGUACUGUAAAGUUUAAAGGGAAUUUGAGAAGGUAUUCCUGGAAGAAAAUGAUACUGUUUUAAUCGGUUGGACCCCAACAUAUUCAUCCUCUCUCACCAGUUUGUCUCUUCUUGGUUGGCUCAAAUCCUCAUUUCUCACAUUUAAUCGGAAUUUUGCAGUCUUAUGAUAUGAUGCAUCAAGCAAGCUGCGCUAUUGCUUCAGUGGUGUGUGGUCUUUCCUUGAUCACUGCUUAACUUGUCAACAUGACCUCCACUAGGUUUAGUCAGAACAAUCUCUUCUAAUUCCCACUUGAGAACACCAAGUAAAGGACGUCUGAUUAUUUUGCGCCUUUUUCUUUUGGGGGGGAUAAAUUAUAAUACCUCCAAACAGUCAUCAUUUCAGGCUACACACAAUCACCUGUUGUCCGUAUGAACAUUUUGUGGAUUACUGCAUCUAUCAGUGAUAUGGUCUCCAUUGUGUACAACAUACUUAGGGGAGCUUCCUCUUUUGGGGUUUUGGCUUGGAGCGUGAGGUGGAGUUGGUACUUCUACCCACUGCUGCUUGAUAAGAUGGACACCAGAUGGUGCAGAAAGGCCGCCACACACCACCUGUGUCUCGGUCUGCUGGGCUUCUGAUGGAUGCUGCCACCAGCUGUUCACUGUAGAAAUGCCAAUUUCUGAGGAAAUUCUUUUUUUCUGUUGUUGAUUUCUUUUGAGAUUCAAAUCCUGUGUGAAAAUAGUUUAAGAUGAUUUUAGAAAUUAAUUAAAAUGCUUUAUUUCAUAACUUCA